ACAGCCACCCUGCCGGCCGGAGGGGCAGCGGAGCAGCCACGGCAGGAUGUACCAGGGACACAUGCAGGCAGUAGGUGAAACCUUGAAGAAAAAGUGGCUCUGUCUUCAAAAAAGUGACCUGACCUUUGCUUUGGGCAAAGGCGCUAGGGCGGCCGAUAAGGCUGUGGCCAUGGUGAUGAAGGAGAUUCCGAGGGAGGAGUCUGCAGAAGAAAAGCCCCUCCUCACUGUGGCAUCCCAGCUGGUGAAUGAGCAACAGGAGAGCAGACCCCUCCUGAGCCCCUCCAUUGAUGACUUUCUCUGUGAAACUAAGCCAGAAGCUGUUGCAAGGCCUGUAACAUCGAAUACUGCAGUAUUAUCAACAGGUCUGGAUCUCUUGGAUCUCAGUGAACCUGUCUUACAAACCCAAAAUAAAGCAAAGAAAUCAGAGAAUCCUUCAAGAAGUGAAGGCUUAAAAGCUUCAGCCCACAGAAAGAAGACAGAGAAUCCUGACCUGAUCAGUGUGGAUUCUGAGCAGAAAGUCCAGGCUGUCAGAGUUGCAGACAAGUCUUCUCUAGAUUUAGUUGAUAUUCAGACACAGAUAGAGAAAUGGGAUGAUGUCAGUUUUCAUGGAGACAGGAGUAGCAAGGUCCACCCUUCUGCAGAGCGAACAUCAUCAUCAUCCAGAGCUCCAUCAAAAGAGAUUUUAUGGUCCACAGAAAACAGAUCACAGUCUGAGCUGACUAAUGUCAAGAGUGCCUUGGACUCUGAUUCAGCAUCAGAAUUAGAACUUGCACCUGCAAUACAGGCACGGUCAAGUAAGGAGCAGCGUUGGGGAACACCUCUUCUCUCCAGAAAUCACUCCUUGGAGGAGGAAUUUGAAAGAGCAAAGGCAGCUGUUGAGUCUGACACAGAGUUUUGGGAUAAAAUGCAAGCAGAAUGGGAAGAAAUGGCUCGCAGAAACUGGAUUUCAGAGAACCAGGAAGCACCAGGGCAAGUCACUAUCUCAACCAUUGAGAAGGGUUAUUAUUUCCACACUGACAAUCCCUUCAAAGACUGGCCUGGUGCUUUUGAGGAAGGACUGAAGAAAAUGAAGGAAGGUGACCUGCCUGUGACAAUCUUAUACCUGGAGGCUGCAAUUCUCCAAGAGCCCAACGAUGCCGAGGCCUGGCAGUUCCUGGGUAUAACACAGGCAGAAAAUGAGAAUGAGCAGGCAGCCAUCGUGGCCCUCCAGAGGUGCUUGGAACUGCAGCCAAACAACCUGAAAGCUCUGAUGGCCCUGGCUGUGAGUUAUACCAACACUGGCCAUCAACAGGAAGCCUAUCAAGCCCUGAGGAACUGGAUAAAGCAAAAUCCAAAAUACAAGUAUAUAGUGAGAAGCAAAAAAGGGUCCCCAGCACUUACCAGGAGGAUGUCUAAGACAGCAGAUGAAAGCUCAUUACUUGAAGAAGUAAAGGAUUUGUACCUGGAGGCUGCUCACCAGAAUGGUGAUAUGAUAGACCCUGACCUGCAGACAGGACUUGGGGUUCUUUUUCACCUGAAUGGAGAAUUUAACAGAGCAAUAGAUGCAUUUAGUGCUGCUUUAACGGUUCGACCAGAGGACUAUACAUUAUGGAACCGCCUUGGGGCAACCUUGGCAAAUGGGGAUCGCAGUGAAGAAGCUGUGGAGGCCUACACACGAGCUCUGGAAAUACAACCUGGCUUCAUCAGGUCCAGAUACAACCUGGGGAUAAGCUGCAUCAACCUAGGGGCAUACAGAGAGGCUGUCAGCAAUUUCCUCACUGCUCUCAGUUUGCAAAGGAAAAGCAGAAAUCAACAACAGGUUCCUCACCCCGCUCUAUCAGGCAAUAUUUGGGCAGCACUUCGGAUUGCUCUGUCUAUGAUGGACCAGCCAGAACUAUUUCAAGCUGCCAACGUGGGUGAUCUAGACAUUCUCUUAAGAGCUUUUAAUCUAGAGCCGUAA